CCUCUUUUCACCGGCGUUCAAUCGGGAAGCGACUAUUGCAGGCUCGGUAUGUGGCGCAUGAGUAUGCGUUUCGGGAUGUAACGACUGUCUUUCGGAGUACCGAUUCUGAAUUAAAAUAUAUACAUAUACACGGGGGACUCGGAAAAUAGAAAACCCAAGGAGAGCAGGGACAAACGAAAGGAGUUUACGACAGCGCGGAGUGGAGGGAGACACGGGAGCGUGGCAGGAGGGACGCUCUAGCAAAUCUAACCGACACUGCACGCAGAAAUGGCGGAGCACCACGCAGUCAGCGACGGCAAGCACAAAGCGUCCACCAAUGCCGGGGGCUCGGUGCACGGGAACAGUCGACCCGGCGCCGCGGGUGGAGGAGGGGGCAAAGGAGGCCUGUCGGGUGGACUGACACAGCCGGCAGGGUGGCAGUCUUUACUCUCGUUUAGCAUUCUUUUCCUGGCCUGCCUGGCCGGAUUCAGCUCCAGACUUUUCGCAGUGAUUCGGUUCGAGAGCAUCAUCCACGAGUUUGAUCCAUGGUUCAAUUACAGAUCAACACACCAUCUCACCACAAAUGGAUUCUACGAGUUCCUCAACUGGUUUGAUGAGAGGGCCUGGUACCCUUUGGGCAGGAUCGUUGGUGGCACAGUAUACCCGGGGUUGAUGGUUACUGCCGGCCUCAUCCACUACAUGCUCAACCUGCUCCACAUCACGGUCCACAUCCGUGAUGUGUGUGUCUUUCUGGCGCCGGUGUUCAGCGGUCUGACAGCCAUCUCCACCUUCCUGCUGACGCGGGAGCUGUGGAACCAGGGUGCAGGGCUCCUGGCGGCCUGCUUCAUCGCCAUCGUGCCUGGCUAUAUCUCCCGCUCCGUCGCAGGCUCUUUCGACAACGAGGGCAUCGCCAUCUUUGCCCUGCAAUUUACCUACUACCUCUGGGUGAAGUCUGUGAAGACGGGCUCUGUAUUCUGGACCAUUGGCUGUUGUCUUUCCUAUUUCUACAUGGUGUCAGCAUGGGGAGGCUAUGUGUUUAUUAUCAACCUGAUUCCUCUGCAUGUGUUUGUGCUGAUGCUGAUGCAACGCUACAGCAGAAGAGUCUACAUCGCUUACAGCACUUUCUACAUUGUGGGCCUCGUACUGUCGAUGCAGAUCCCUUUUGUCGGCUUCCAGCCUAUCAGGACCAGCGAGCACAUGGCUGCUGCCGGUGUGUUUGCACUUCUCCAAGCCUAUGCCUUCCUGCAGUACCUGAAGGACAGGCUGACCAGACAGGAGUUCCAGACACUCUUCUUCCUUGGCGUCUCUCUUGCUGCUGGUGUGGUCUUCCUCACUGUGAUCUAUCUCACAUACACAGGAUACAUAGCUCCGUGGAGUGGCCGUUUCUACUCUCUCUGGGACACCGGCUAUGCUAAGAUCCACAUCCCCAUCAUAGCGUCUGUGUCUGAGCACCAGCCAACGACGUGGGUUUCCUUCUUCUUCGACCUCCACAUCUUGGUCUGCACUUUCCCAGCAGGCCUCUGGUUCUGUAUCAAGAACAUCAAUGAUGAACGAGUGUUUGUGGCCCUGUAUGCCAUCAGCGCAGUCUAUUUUGCUGGCGUGAUGGUGCGUCUGAUGCUGACACUGACUCCAGUGGUGUGCAUGCUAUCGGCAGUGGCUUUCUCCAGUGUCUUUGAGCAUUACAUGGGAGACGACACAAAGAGGGAGAAACCGCCCGCCGAAGACAGCAGCGAUGAGGACGACAAGAGAAAUUCUGGGAAUCUUUAUGACAAGGCUGGUAAGGUGCGCAAACAUGUGUCCGAGCAGGAGAAGGCAGAGGAGGGUUUGGGCCCAAACAUCAAGUCCAUUGUCACCAUGCUCAUGUUGAUGCUACUGAUGAUGUUUGCCGUCCACUGCACCUGGGUAACCAGCAACGCCUACUCCAGUCCCAGUGUGGUGCUUGCUUCGUACAACCACGACGGGACGCGUAACAUCCUGGAUGACUUCAGGGAGGCCUACUACUGGCUGAGACAAAAUACGGACGAACAUGCACGCGUCAUGUCCUGGUGGGACUACGGUUACCAGAUAGCUGGCAUGGCCAACAGGACCACACUAGUGGAUAAUAACACAUGGAACAACAGUCAUAUAGCACUGGUGGGGAAAGCCAUGUCGUCCAACGAGAGUGCGGCCUACGAAAUCAUGAGGUCGCUGGAUGUGGACUACGUGCUGAUUAUCUUCGGCGGUGUAAUCGGCUACUCAGGAGACGACAUAAACAAGUUCCUGUGGAUGGUGAGGAUAGCAGAGGGAGAGCACCCCAAGGACAUCAGGGAGAGCGACUACUUCACCCCUCAGGGAGAGUUCAGAGUGGACAAAGCCGGUUCACCAACUCUGCUCAACUGCCUCAUGUACAAGAUGUCUUAUUACCGAUUUGGUGAAAUGCAGUUGGACUUCCGGACUCCUCCUGGCUUCGACCGAACACGCAACGCCGAGAUCGGCAACAAGGAUAUCAAGUUCCAGCACCUGGAGGAGGCGUUCACCUCGGAGCACUGGCUGGUGAGGAUCUACAAGGUGAAGAACCUGGACAACCGAGAGCCGCUGGACCACAAGCCUCGCAGUGUAGUGCCCAAGCAGAAGUACACCUCCAAAAAGACUGCCAAGAGAAAGCGCGGACACAUUAAGAACAAGCUUGCCCUGAGGAAAGGCAAGAAACUUCAAAAAAAAUAAUGGUGACGAAGAACUCUUCUAGGAAAACAAACAACUGCGAAGAAACCUCCAACAACCAAUGAAGAAGAACACAGGGGCCAUUUAUCUGGCACUUGGUCUCAAGCGCUUCUCAUUCGAGCGCCCCCACGUGUUGAGGAAAUGUCAUCUGGCUAGCUCCAGAACUGUUGUCCGUUUUAUCCUGAGGAUCUUUGUCUUGCUUAAUUUUUUUUUUUUCUCUCUUUCUUUUUCCGUUGUUUCCUGAUGUCUUUUUAAUUUGUACUUGAAUGUGUGGCGAGGUAUAGGGCUGCUCUGCUUGGUUUGGCGUCGAUUAAUUUUUGUGGUACAUUCAAUUAACUGCUUAUCAGUGCGGGAUCGGGGGGUGUGAGGAGGUGAGGGGGGAAACGACAGAAGACUAGGAACAUUUGCACCAAAGACCCAUCGACCUUGCUCCAUGGCACAUGUGAACUCAUUACUGAUAGUGAGGAAGCGCAGGAGUGAAAGCUUGAGGACUUGUUCCUGACACGUGUACAGAGGAAGGUAUGCGGUAUGGAGGAACCUCACCGUCUAAGCACAGCCCACCUGUAAUAUUAACCUUUUUAUCAUCCUCCUCUCCUUUAUGUCUGCUUGGCUCCCUGACCUUCUUUUUCAACAAAUUCUUUAGAAAAAAAAUAAUUGGCCUAAUAUGUAAAUACGUUGUGUAAAGAAUAAGUCUAAAAGGAUGAUAAUAUAUUGGAUUAUUGUGGUGAUUUUUAAGUAUGCAGUCAGUUUUUCCUUCUUAAUUUCUUUAUGUGAUUGUUUUGUUAAUUUCUUUUUUGUUUGACAGCAAAAAGAACAGUGAAUGCAAUAAUUCUUGUACAGAGGGGCUUGAGAUUUUGUUGGAUGAAUGAAUGUGAAUUUUUACAAUGUUCCCCCACACCCCUCUUUUUUCAUGAAUUGCAUAGAUUGUACAUUUCUGCUGCUGGGGUUUUAAAGACGGAAGCAAGCAACUGUUCAAGAAGUAGUGAUAACAAAUUAGGUCUCCCUUCCUGCGGGGGGGAGCUCUCUAGUUUAGUGUGCAAAGCCUAGUGCCUCAUCGCUGGUCACCAUCGCCUCCGUAAGUUGCGAUUGUCUACUCUGUUAACUUUUUGUUCAGCUCAUCGUGUAUCAAUGCGGCCGGUUGGGUGCUUCAACCAGACUGAGACAUUGGAAACUGAAAAUGUUCAAGGUGUCUGGAAAUAGACUGACGGACUGUGAAAGGGGGUAGUUAGUACACGGGCACUGAAACUAGAAAAGACAACUGAGGUCAGAAGAGAUAGAAACAUCCAUCACUGUCAGUAACUACGGUGAACUAACCAACACCUAUAUGGUACUUUAGAGCUGUGUCCUUAUUCCUUAAAUGGUCUUGAAUAUGUAGCUAGUUCACAUUGUAGAAUUGUAGUAGCCAGUUAAAGGCUUUUUCCGGCUUAUUACAGCACUUUUGGUCCAUAAGUGGACUUGCGAUGGACAGAUUUAAAAAGCAGCAAAGGCUAAGAUAAACCCUAACUUUUAGUCCACGGUAUGAGUCAAGCUCCAAAUACGCUGAAGCCUACAUUUCCUAUGAUGCACCCCAUAGCGUCUUAAAAUUAGACCCUCAUGUUUGGUAAACGCCGUGUCUUGUCAAAAUCCUAGUGUGUAAAAUUGGUGGAGUGGCCCUUUAAUUCUGUCAAUCGACUAAUCGUUUCAACUUUAGCAAACAUACUAGAUCUAAACUCCAUGGGGAAAAAAAAAAUACUAAGAAGAAUGCUGUAGUUAGUGUAUUUUUUAUAAUAGUACGGCGAACCAUGGUUUUUGUUCCUGAUCAGUCGGUCAUUAGUCGUUUGGUUCAUAAAACAUCAGAAAAUGGAGAGAGGAAAACAACUCAGUCCAAGCUGAAAUAUUAGCUGAGGUUUAGUUUAAUAUAGAAGAUGAAGGAAACCAAAUUUUCACAUUUGCAAAGAUACAACUAGUGACUUUUUGGCAUUUCUGCUUUAAAAAAAAAAAAAAUUUAAACAGUUGAUUAUCUUUCGCUUGACUUAUUAGACUGUUUCAGCUCGGGUAUAUGGGAUACAGUUGGGACACGGCUUUAAUGAACCGUAUGUUACCUUUGGCCUCUUAUUCUAUGGGCACUGCACUGUUCUUUGUGCGUCUGGGUUCUCCGGAUGUUGGAAACACUGAAGGUGUUUCUGUGUGUGCACGCUUUAGUAACUUUUUCAUUUUUUAUCAAAUAAGUGACACAUCAAACGACUAAUAUAUCAUACCGCUGUACUUCUUACAAAAAAGUGACUUUUAUUGGCAUUGCCUGUUUCUUUUCUUUUUACAGUUCUCUAAAACGUUGUCCGAAUCACUUACUUUUUUCUUUGAUCUUCUCUGAAACUUGAGUCUCCAUUUCAGACUUCUGACUUUCUUCAACACAAUGCCACAUUGUUGAUUAGUCACACAAACGCCUAAAACUGAGUCACGUCCUUUUGAUUUAUUUGUCAAGAUAGGAGAGAGUUCAGACCAAGCCUUAAUGUGAUGUACAGUUUGUUGCCCUCUUAUGUUUCAUUUCGUUUCAAUUAGGAGCGGCAGAACGGUUCCUUCCCCUACUAAGUUUCUUAGUAGCUCAGUGCCGUCUGUCCUUAACACUGUUUUCGUUUGAUUAAAAUCCCUCCCUCACCUUCAAAGUUUACAUUUUUACAUCAUUGUUCUGUUCAGCCAUCUUUAAAUAUACACUUUAAUGAAAA